CCUCUCACAGCAGUGGCAUGCUUCAUGGAGAUAUGCUCCUCUCACUGCCCUCUGCACCAGCAACAUGGAUUGUCACCUCUCCAUCCUCUUCUUCCUCAGCUGCUCCGCUCUCCACUGCUCCGGAGAACUGAUUCCCCAGCCUUCCAAUGAAGUUAAUCUGCUGGAUUCAAAAACAAUUCAAGGGGAGCUGGGCUGGAUCUCAUAUCCAUCACAUGGGUGGGAAGAGAUCAGUGGUGUGGAUGAGCAUUACACACCCAUCAGGACGUACCAGGUGUGCAAUGUCAUGGAUCAUAGUCAAAAUAAUUGGCUGAGGACAAACUGGGUCCCCAGAAACUCAGCUCAGAAGAUCUACGUGGAACUCAAGUUCACUCUGCGGGACUGCAACAGCAUUCCAUUGGUUUUGGGAACUUGCAAGGAGACUUUCAACCUGUACUAUAUGGAGUCUGAUGAUGAUCAUGGAGUGAAAUUCCGAGAACAUCAGUUUACAAAGAUUGACACCAUUGCAGCUGAUGAAAGUUUCACUCAAAUGGAUCUUGGCGACCGCAUUCUGAAACUCAACACUGAGGUUAGAGAAGUGGGUCCUGUCAACAAAAAGGGAUUUUAUUUGGCUUUUCAAGAUGUUGGUGCCUGUGUUGCCUUGGUGUCUGUGAGAGUGUACUUCAAAAAGUGUCCUUUCACAGUGAAGAAUCUGGCUAUGUUUCCAGACACGGUACCCAUGGACUCCCAGUCUCUGGUGGAAGUUAGAGGCUCAUGCGUUAACAAUUCGAAAGAGGAAGAUCCUCCCAGGAUGUACUGCAGUACGGAGGGUGAAUGGCUUGUACCCAUCGGCAAAUGCUCGUGCAAUGCUGGAUAUGAAGAACGAGGGUCCAUGUGUCAAGCUUGUCGACCGGGUUUCUACAAAGCGUUGGCUGGUAACACGAAGUGCGCUAAGUGCCCACCCCACAGUUCCGCACACGAAGCUGGUUCAAUGAACUGCAGGUGUGAGAAUAAUUACUUCCGAGCAGAAAAAGACCCUCCAUCCAUGGCUUGUACCCGACCUCCAUCUGUACCAAGAAAUGUUAUCUCGAAUAUAAACGAGACCUCAGUUAUCCUGGACUGGAGUUGGCCCCUGGACACAGGAGGCCGGAAAGAUGUUACCUUCAACAUCGUAUGUAAAAAAUGUGGGUGGAAUGUAAAACCAUGUGAGCCAUGCCGCCCAAAUGUGCGCUUCCUCCCUCGGCAGUUUGGACUCACCAACUCCACGGUGACUGUGACAGACCUCCUCGCACACACGAACUACACCUUUGAGAUUGAUGCCAUUAACGGGGUGUCAGCUCUGAGCUCACCUCCAAGACAGUUUGCAGCAGUCAGCAUCACAACUAAUCAGGCGGCUCCAUCGCCUGUCAUGACAAUUAAGAAGGACCAGACAUCCAGAAACAGCAUCUCUUUAUCCUGGCAGGAACCUGAACAUCCUAAUGGGAUCAUAUUGGACUAUGAGGUCAAAUACUAUGAAAAGCAGGAACAAGAAACAAGUUAUACCAUUCUGAGAGCAAGAGGUACAAAUGUUACCAUCAGUAGCCUCAAACCUGACACUACCUAUGUAUUCCAAAUCCGAGCCCGAACAGCAGCUGGAUAUGGGACCAACAGCCCCAAGUUUGAGUUUGAAACCAGCCCCGACUCUUUCUCUAUCUCUGGCGAAAAUAGCCAAGUGGUUCUGAUCGUCAUCUCAGCUGCAGUAGCAGUGAUUCUCCUCACCGUUGUCAUCUAUGUCUUAAUUGGGAGGUUCUGUGGAUAUAAAAAGUCGAAACAUGGUGCCGAUGAGAAAAGACUUCACUUUGGGAAUGGACAUUUAAAACUUCCAGGUCUCAGAACUUAUGUUGACCCCCAUACUUAUGAAGACCCUACCCAAGCCGUUCAUGAGUUUGCCAAGGAAUUGGAUGCCAACAACAUAUCCAUUGACAAAGUCGUUGGAGCAGGUGAAUUUGGAGAGGUAUGCAGUGGUCACUUGAAACUUCCUUCAAAGAAGGAGAUUUCAGUGGCCAUCAAGACCCUGAAAGUGGGUUACACAGAAAAACAGAGGAGAGACUUCCUGGGAGAAGCAAGCAUUAUGGGUCAGUUUGAUCACCCCAAUAUCAUUCGAUUGGAGGGAGUUGUCACUAAAAGCAAACCGGUUAUGAUUGUCACAGAAUACAUGGAGAAUGGCUCCUUGGAUAGUUUCUUACGUAAACAUGACGCCCAGUUUACAGUCAUCCAGUUAGUGGGGAUGCUUCGCGGGAUAGCGUCUGGCAUGAAGUACCUGUCGGAUAUGGGUUAUGUUCAUCGGGACCUUGCUGCUCGGAAUAUCUUGAUCAACAGUAAUUUGGUAUGCAAGGUUUCAGAUUUCGGACUUUCCCGUGUUCUAGAGGAUGACCCAGAAGCUGCCUAUACAACAAGAGGGGGUAAAAUACCAAUCCGGUGGACAUCCCCAGAAGCUAUAGCCUACCGCAAAUUCACGUCAGCAAGCGAUGUUUGGAGUUAUGGGAUUGUUCUCUGGGAGGUGAUGUCAUAUGGAGAAAGACCAUACUGGGAGAUGUCUAAUCAGGAUGUAAUUAAAGCCGUGGACGAGGGCUACCGACUGCCACCACCCAUGGACUGCCCAGCUGCCUUGUAUCAACUGAUGCUGGACUGCUGGCAGAAAGACAGAAACAACAGGCCCAAGUUUGAGCAGAUUGUCAGCAUUCUGGACAAGCUUAUCCGGAACCCCAGCAGUCUGAAGAUCAUCACCAGUGCAGCAGCAAGGCCAUCAAACCUUCUUCUGGACCAAAGCAAUGUGGACAUCACUACCUUCCGGACUACAGGUGACUGGCUUAACGGUGUCAGGACAGCUCAGUGCAAAGACAUCUUCACAGGCGUGGAGUACAGUUCUUGUGACACCAUAGCCAAGAUUUCCACAGAUGACAUGAAAAAGGUUGGUGUAACUGUGGUUGGGCCACAAAAGAAGAUCAUCAGCUCCAUGAAAGCUCUAGAAACCCAAUCCAAGAACGGUCCAGUCCCGGUGUGACGUACUCCAGUCCCGGUGUGACGUACUCCUCUGAAAGGGAAUGAUGGCGGUGGAAGACGAAGCGUCACAAAUGAUAAUGCUGGUGAUCUUGGGAAAAGUUCCAAACCCAAUAAAAUACUCACAUACGAGUGCACAUGCCUUAAAAUGAAAUAGAUUAGCUCUUUAUUUUCCCCUAUCAUGUAGUGGACGGGUGGGUAGGAGUAUAUUCUUUUAUAUUUGCUUUCUUAUGCUAAAGAAUGGAUUGAAUUAAAAUUUUUCAAUGAAAAUGGUGAUGAACUGCAUAGAGCCAUUGAUCACAAACUAUCAUAAAAGUUACACAAGUGAAAGAACAAAAGGUGGCUUUGUUUUGUAAUAGUCACAAAAGAAAAGACUUGAAAUAUUUUUAUACACAGAAGCCGCCCACAACAGGUGCUUUGUUUCCUUACAAACAAGCAGCAGAGAGGAAUUUAUACCUCAAACUAUCUGGCCAUAUUUACUACCUGAUCAUUGUAUUACUCUCUUCUAUCUGUUAAAAGUAUAUAGAGAUCAAGUUUGUAGUUGUUUUAAGUACUACAUGUUUCAAAAUUGUUAGCUUCCUUAAGUAUUAUCGUGUAAAAAUGUCUUAAUUUUUGAAAACAAAUACAUAUUUAUUUUCUUCCGAAUUGUGUUUAUUGUUUUAUAUUUAUGCCUUGAUGAUUUAGUUUGGAUUUGUUACAACCAAGUGCCAAAGGCUCUCUCAAAUUGUCAACAAUAGGAAACAUGGUUAGCUAAAUAAGAGAAUGAUUAAUUUCUUUCAUAGUAUUUACAAUCAUCUACUUCUCUGUGUCUACAGAAGAAAAUGAAACUCUUUGCCUAUUUCUAAAUUAACCAAAUUUCUCAGAUUCAGAAUUCUUUCAUCCAUAUUUGUCUCUUCAUUUAUUAUAUAACAGUAUUCCCCCAAAUUAGUGUAAUAUACCGGUUUGUAAACAAAGGGUUCUCAACCCGAUGACCGACCUAGGCUCAGCGAACCAUCAGCUCCCUCCAUUUGUGAAGGGCCCACGUUAGACUUUCAGAUGAGAGAACAGCUACUGGAGCGCACUGGAACCCGAGUUGGACUGCUGGCUUCAGGAGCAGCAUAGCCUACAGGUCAAUGCAUGAGCCAAAAUAUCACUAGCUGCGUAGCUUUGAUAAGAUACCAUAUGUUUGCGUAAAUAUGCUAAGAUGUUUAUAGUACACAAAGACACUGAAUAUUUACAUGCAGCACUGGGGUUUAGGGUCAACCAAGGAAACAUUGUGGACAUCAAUAUCAGGUAUUAUUAUCUCUAAGAGUCUUCCAUUGUGCUACACUUCUUAUCAUUUUGCUGUAUUAUUUACCCUUAUGAGCAUUGGACUUCCUUGCAUUUUUGAGCAUAUCAAUUUUAAAAAUAGCUGGUCAUUUAGAAAAUGACUAAAAAUCUGUGGACAGUGGAGAGAGCAUUCAUUCAAGGACAUUUGACUUACUGUUUCAUAAAAGCUAAUUAUGGGCAUGCUAAGCAAUAUUUGAAAAGAUGUACCUGGUGGAGAAAUAACUACUAAUAUAUUCUGAAGCAACAUUUUAACUCUAUCUAGCCUUUUUAAAUGCUGAUAUAAUGUUCAUUUUAGGAGUAUAGGAAAUGCAUAUGAUGCAAGAUUAAAAUGGAUAAACCAUUUUUGCAACCUUUAUGCUCUUACCAAAGGGGAAACACUAAGUAAAAACUUCCCACAAUCACAGUUUGGAAUUUAUAAUUGCUAAUCUGUUGUGAAUUUAAUGUAAUAAAAUGGGAACCAUACUCAAUCAGAUAUGAGAUUAUUUCACAAAUUCUGAAAAAUUGUCUUAGACUCAAAUCAACCACCUUGUAUUCUCUAUGUGAUAUACAAGAGCAUAAAUUUCUUUAAGCGACAUAGGAUUAUAAAAUUAACUACAGAUGGUACUUAAGCCUACUAGGAGUGGAUAAAAGGUUUUUGUUUUAUUUUUGAAUAAACAUUUUGUAUUCUGGAAUGUUAGGUUGAGACCCGAAUCUGGCUUGAAUCUCAUUUUCUCCCAGACCAGUGUUCACUGUUUUUAGAUACUAGUCUAAGCAUGCUCAGCAAAAUCUAUACAUUUCAAAAAAUCAGUCAAGUUAAGGAUUGAUUGAAUUGAUUUCAUUUAUUUUGUCUGUUUUUCUUUGAAAAGAAGUAGAGGUUGUAUACACAAUAUAUUACUAUUCAUUGUUCAAUACUUUUGUAUGGACCCCUUACAAAUUUACUUUACAAUUUUUUACCCUGUACAUAUGUAAACUUAACAAUGUAUGAUUCUUAACUGUGGAGUAGAUGUACUAGAACCUUGUGGCCAUCUCUUUAUAUGGGAAUUGCAUUGACUUCCAAUAAACAUAAAAAUCACAUGUCCUUCAGGAUAAUUUGGACCAUAUUAUCUGUUUUAUAUCUCAAAUUUAAUAUACGUAUAUUAUUUAUUGCUGUUAACUUGCCCAGUUUAUGCAGUAUUAAGCAUCAAUUAAGCCAUGUAUAAAUGUUAUCUCAUUACCAGUAUGUAUUUACUUUAGACUUGUAUUUUCAAAACAUUAUUCAUUAAGUUUAUGUUGUGCAAUUGUAGAUGGCCUCUUACUAAUGUAAAAUGAUUUGUAGUGGAAACAUUUAUAUUUUUA